GCCUGCAGCCUUCCCCAGGCAGGAUGCAGCGAGGUGCAAGAAUGCAGAGCUCCAGGCUGCAAGGGUCCUGGGCCCUCUGGAAGUUGGUGUGGAAGAUGCUGAUCUUGUGUGUGUUACUAACUGGGGUUUCUGCUUUCACCACUCCAUCAGUGCGCACAGAAAGGGCUUCCGGACCUCCCAGUACGUCAGAGACUCACACAGUGCCUGGAGACAACUGCCGGUUUCGAGGCCAAGAUUACAAAUCCGAAUUCAGGCUGGAAGGAGAGCCAGUGGUUCUGAGGUGCCCCCUGGCACCUCACUGGGAUGCCUCCAGCAGUUCCCACAGCCUUCUGACGUGGCAUAAAUCGGGCUCUUCUCAGCUGAUCCCAGGGCACAAGCCGAGGUUGUGGGUGAAGGAUGACACUCUCUGGCUUCUUCCAGCGGAGCAGCAGGACUCUGGCACCUAUGUUUGCACAUUCAGAAAUGCGUCCAUCUGUGAGCGAAUGUCCGUGGAGCUCAAGGUCUUUAAGGACACGGAAGCUUCUCUGCCGCUUGUCUCCUACUUGCAAAUCUUAGCUGCCUCGGCCACCGGGUGGCUAGUGUGCCCUGAUUUGAAAGAAUUCAUCUCCAGCAAAACUGGCGGAAAGACACAGUGGUAUAAGGGCUCCGUCCUCUUGGAGGAAGGCAACAAGAAGUUUGUGAGUGCGGGAGACUCCACCCGCUUGCUGAUAGCCAACACAUCCACGGAAGACGCGGGCUACUACAGAUGUGUGGUGUCCUUUACCCACAAGGGCAAGGAGUACAACGUCACCAGGAGUAUUGAGCUCCGGGUCAAAGGAACAACCACGGAAUCCAUCCCUGUGAUCAUUUCUCCCCUGGAGACAAUACCAGCCUCUGUGGGCUCCAGACUGGUAGUCCCGUGCAAGGUGUUCCUGGGAGCUGGCACACCUUCUAACACCAUUGUGUGGUGGAUGGCCAACAGCACUUUCAUCUCGGUGGCCUACCCGGGAGGCCGCGUGACCGAGGGCUUGCACCACCAAUACUCAGAGAACGAUGAAAACUACGUGGAAGUGUCACUGAUAUUCGAUCCAGUCGCUAGGGAGGAUCUGAGGACAGAUUUCAAGUGUGUCGCCACGAAUCCGCGGAGCUCGCAGUCCCACCACACCACAGUCAAAGAAGUGUCCUCCACCUUCUCCUGGGGCAUCGCCCUGGCACCUGUGUCUCUGAUCUUCCUGGUUGUGGGGGCAGUAUGGGUGCACAGACGCUGGAAGCGCAGGGCUGGAAAGACGUACGGACUGACCAAGCUACAGCCUGACAACCAGGACUUCCCUUCCAGCCCGAACCAAAUAAAGGAAAUGAAAUAA